UAAGCACUAUUUUGAGGCUUCUCUUGUUGCGCUUCCUCGUAGAAGAAAUAUAAAUGGAGGUCGGGAUGGUAGUAUAGAUUUUGGCAUGCAGGGGGCACCGCACUAACUAUACAUAGCAAUUCUCCAUUUUUUAUUUUCUUGUGCCGUGUCUGGCUGGCCCAGAGCGUCGGAGCGCUUGAUGCCGCCGCCACCAACGCUGCCACCGUCGUCCCCGGACGACCCCGCGGAGCCAUCGUCCAUGGGGCGGGAGAUGGACGACGAGGACCUGGUGGAGGAGCUCCUGCUCACCGUCAACGCGGCGCGCGCCUUCGCGGAGUUCCGGCGCACGCAGCGCAAGGAGUGCGCCAACCUCCUCCGCUGGCUGCAGCUCGUCCUCCCGCUCCUGGAGGAGCUCCGCGACGCCGCGCCCCGGCUCACCGACGACGCCUACCGCCGGCUCGCCCUUCUCGGCCGCGCGCUCGCCGCCGCGCGACGCCUGCUACGAACCUGCCACGACGGCAGCAAGAUCUACCUGGCGCUUGAGAGCGAGACGGUGCUUGCCCAGUUCCGCGACGUGUACGAGAAGAUGCACAGCGCGCUGGACGGGAUGCCGUACGCCGAGCUCGCCAUCUCCGACGAGGUCAAGGAGCAAGUGGAGCUGAUGAACGCACAGCUGAUGAGGUGCAAGAAGCGAACGGACACUCAAGACAUGGAGCUGUCGAUGGAUCUGAUGGUGAUCCUCCAGAACAAGGAGGAGGAGGAGCAGGAGAGGAACGCCGACAGGGCCAUCCUGGAGAGGCUCGCCAGGAAGCUGGAGCUGCAGACGCUGGCGGAGCUGAGGGCAGAGACGAUGGCCGUAAAGAAGCUCAUCAACGAGAGGAACGAGAGCACGACGCAGAUGGUGGGCCUGCUGAACCGCUUCAAGGAGAUCGCGGGCGUGGACGAGAAGGACGUCCUUGGCGGCGACGUGUCCAUGCCCAAAAGCCUUGACAAGUGCCCCUCCCUGAUGAUCCCCAACGACUUCCUGUGCCCCAUCACGCUGGGGAUCAUGACGGACCCGGUGAUCGUGGCCAGCGGGCAGACGUACGAGCGGCGGAGCAUCCAGAAGUGGCUGGACGGCGGGGAGCGGACGUGCCCCAAGUCGCGGCAGCCGCUGGCGCACCUGUCGCUGGCGCCCAACUACGCGCUCAAGAACCUGAUCCUGCAGUGGUGCGAGAGGAACAUGGUGGAGCUGCAGAAGCGGGAGCCGGCGGAGACGGAGUCGGAGCGGAAGGGGGAGGCGGCGGACGCGGCCGACAGCAUCCCGUCGCUGGUGGAAGGCAUGUCGUCCAUCCACCCCGACGUGCAGCGCAAGGCGGUGAAGAAGAUCCGUCGGCUCUCCAAGGAGUGCCCCGAGAACCGGGCGCUGAUCGUCGACAGCGGCGGCAUCCCGGCGCUGAUCGGGCUGCUGGCGUGCCCCGACAAGAAGGCGCAGGAGAACACGGUGACGUCGCUGCUGAACCUGUCCAUCGACGACAAGAACAAGGCCCUGAUCGCGAGGGGAGGCGCCAUCCCGCUGGUGAUCGAGAUCCUGCGGAACGGCAGCCCGGAGGCGCAGGAGAACUCGGCGGCGACGCUGUUCAGCCUGUCGAUGCUGGACGAGAACAAGGCGGCGAUCGGGAGCCUGGGCGGGCUGGCCCCGCUGGUGGAGCUCCUGCGCAGCAGCGGCACCGCCCGCGGGAAGAAGGACGCGGCCACGGCCAUCUUCAACCUGGUGCUGAGCCCGCAGAACAAGGUCCGGGCCACGCAGGCGGGCGUGGUGGCGGCGCUGAUCGGGGUGAUGGACGACAGCGCGCUGGGCAUGGUGGACGAGGCGCUGUCCAUCUUCCUGGUGCUGUCGUCGCACGCGGCGUGCCGCGCGGAGAUCGGGACGACGGCGUUCGUGGAGAGGCUGGUGCGGCUGAUCAAGGACGGCACGCCCAAGAACAAGGAGUGCGCGCUGUCGGUGCUGCUGGAGCUGGGCAGCAACAACAGGCCGCUGCUGGUGCACGGGCUCAGGUUCGGACUCCACGAGGACCUCUCCAGGAUCGCCAAGAACGGCACCAGCAGGGCGCAGAGGAAAGCCAACUUGCUCAUCCAGCUCGCGCGCAAGCUCUGAGCCUGAGACCUUUUUUCUUUCUUUCUUUCUUUCUUUCUUUCAUUUUCGGGUGAUACAAACGUUUGUCAGCUGUCCUAAUAGAUCACUAUAGUUUAGGAGUUUCUUUUCUUCAUUGUUUCACCGAAAUUUGUGAGAAAAAAAUGUCUUCUCUUUUUUU